UGAAAACGGCAUAAAAGAGACUCCAUUCCUUAGUAUUUAAUACCAAGGAAUGGAGCCCGUGUGCUAAUAGAACACGGGCAUGCUAUGCUAUGUCAAGAUGCGCGUCUUGUUACUAUGCGUAAAUUCUCAUAUAUUAUAUAGAGUGCGAUUUAUGCUUUCAUUUGACUUCGACGUCGAACUUUGAUGUCGGCACCGGCAAAGGCGUUUAAUGUCGGCACCUUAGUGAAUGCGCUGAAGAGAAGAGAACCUUCAGAAGUUGGGUGUAAUCCGCCGAGAAUGUUUCUCUUCCACCGGAACAGUGAAGUGCCUGUAACUUUUGUGUACAAUUUUUUUCUUGGAGGAUCUUCGAAACUUUGGCGCUAUCACCACCGAAGGGGAGUAUCACACACCGUCGCCGCCGACUGAUUCAACCGUGGCCGCAGCCGUUCUUUUUAAUAACGCUAAUAUCUAUGUCCAAUUUCUCUGUUCAAGGUAAUAUCGACACAUUGAAUGAAAAAUUCGAGGCAGAAGCUUUUAUAGAAGCAGAAUGGUUUGACACAAAGUUUCCAGCCGAUGCCCAAAACUACGAUGUACAAGUUCACUGGAAUCCAAAAUUAUCAGUAGAUAAUUCAAUAGGCGAGCUAAAAGAUGAACGAUAUUAUACAAUAAAUCGUUCGUCACCAGCAAAUGAUGGUGGUCAUAUUACCGAACAUCGGAAGAUAAAAGGUGUCUUUUGGGAAAAGUUAGAAUUGCAUGAUUUUCCAUUCGACGUUCAAGAUUUGACGAUCAAGGUGACAAGUGAUUACCUGGCAGAAGAUAUCGCACUGAAGGAAAAUUUCGAUCGUCCAUCUUCUAUAAAUCGUCGUGCAUUCACUGCUCAACAAGAAUGGAGUCUCUUUGAACAUGUAGAAGUCAGCCAUCAGUUUGUGGUCGCUGGUACGUAUGCAACGGUAAUACUGCAACCGAUCAUUAAUAGAGAUGAUAAACGCGGAAUGGGAAAUGAAUUAUUAUAA